UCGGUCGAAAAAUUACUGCAUGGAAAACUUAUUCAGUAAAGUCUUCAACAUAUUUUCGACAGAAGUCUGUUUUAUGUGGUUUUAAGCCUUUCGGAUGAAAGUAAAGUUUUAGUAUAAAAAACAACAGUUCAGUUUAUCAAAGUUGUAGAAACAUGUUCUGCAAAUUGAAGUGUAUAAAAAUUUCUAUCUUGCACCUAAAAAGUGAAGCAGAAGAAAUAAAAUAUAUAUGCUCAGUCGGACAAUGUCUUAAGAGAGUUGUGAUUCAUUUGGUAUGCGAAUCACAAACGUAACAAAACAAAACUCGUUUUUAGCCCGGGGUGAUACUCAUUAAGAGACCGUUUUCGAACUGAAAGCAACUGGGCUAAAAAACAGUCGCGGUGUGGCAACUGAAUGAAGAGGCACAUCGCACAAUGUGAUCGCAGUUAAAGAUUUCGUAAGGCUUUAACAAUAUUUGGCAAAUGUCAUUGCUUGUGGUGCGCAAUGUUCCGGAAUGUGCUGUGUUUGGUGCUGGGCCUGAUUGUGGGCAUGCAGCUGACGGAGCUGUGGGACUAUCUGAUGCUCACAGGUGACGAAUACGAGAGCACCGCGAUUGCUGUGGACACGGCCGCGCCCACGCCGCUGGCUGAGGCAACGCUGGCGGAUCGGCUUUACCAUGAGACGCGUGUGCUGUGCCUGGUGCUGACCAUGCCAACGCAGCAUAAGACUAAAGCAGCCAAGGUGAUGUCCACAUGGGGCGCACGCUGCAACAAGCUGAUCUUCUUGAGCAGCCAAGACGAUGUCGAGUUGGGCGCUGUUAAUCUCAAUGUGACGGAGAGUCGUGACAAUCUGUAUGCGAAGGUGCGUGCGGGUCUGGCCUACGCAUAUGAACAUUACGUGGAGGAUUACGACUGGUUUCUCAAGGCGGACGACGACACUUAUGUGGUUAUGGAGAAUCUGAGACUCUUUCUCUAUCCAUACGAUCCGGAGGCAGCCGUUUUCUUUGGUCAUCGAUUUCGCACAACCUAUCCACAUGGCUACAUGUCUGGCGGUGCUGGCUAUGUGCUCAGCCGCGAUGCACUGCGUCGCCUGAAUCUGUUUGCUCUGAACAAUACAAAGUUCUGUCCACUUAAUACCAAUGCGGAGGAUAGGCAAAUUGGACACUGCUUGCUGAAUGUGGGCGUGGUCGCUGGUGACUCGAGAGAUGAGCUGGGCCGCGAGCGCUUUCUGCCACUGCAUCCCAGGCAUCUGAUGCCGCGAAUACAGUCUGGUACUUGGCUGGAUAAAUAUUAUUACUUCAAGCCAAAUUUGAGCGAUUGCUGUUCCGAUUCGGGCAUCAGUUUCCAUUACACCAAGAUGUAUGACUAUGAUAUGUACGAGUUUUUUCUAUAUCAUCUGCGAAUCUUCGGACUUCCAAAAACGCCGAGUGUGCUGCCCCAGCGCUUGGACUACAAACAGAUGGAGGAAAAGCUGCAAUAUUGGGAUCAACAAAUAUCUGACAAUACAGCGCCAAUAGACGAUUAAUUUAGCACUAAUAUUAUUUCCUAGCGUAAAGUGAGACUCAUUAAUCGAUAAGUACUUAGAUGUCGAAGAUGUCGAAGAUGUUUAUAGAAUUCUAUAUAUACAAAACUAUUUGUUCUGACUGAUCAGGCACAGCCCAAAUCAAGACAGUUGUUUGCUAUUUUUAGUUUUGUUUGGCAGCUUUCUGUUUUCUGUUCAAUCAAUAUUAAGACUUUGCCGUUCCGAAUAGCUUUACUUGUUUAUCUUUAUCUGUUUUAGGCUAAUUUUUAAGCGCACCUUUUGAAAAGACACCCCUUUUGUUAAAAUUAGAGGAUUAUGGCUGUAAGUUGGCUGGCGAAUGUUUUAUUUUCGUUCAGACGGCUUAAGACUCAUUUUUAUACCCUGAUCCCAUAAAUGGGUUAAAGGGUAAACCGUGAUUUUGCAAAUUUAUGUAUCCGGCAGAGGGAAAAUUCUUCAACCCCAUACAGAAGUAUGUAGAUUUCUGUUCGAAUCGAGCAGCUGAGUUGUUGCAGCCAUGAGUAAAAUAACUAGAGACUUGAAACUUAUAAUAUAUGUUCUCCCGCAGAGCAAGGAUUAUUCUUUUCUUUCCAUCGAUUAUAUGACAUGCUUACUUUAGCAUAGGUCGUGUGUCUCAUAUGUUUUAUAUUUGGAAUAUUUCAUUUUAAGAUAUAACCCCAAUUCCCAACAAUAUUGAAAUAAAGCCUUGUACACACUUGUAUGCAACAUAUUUAAGCCCUGAAAA